AUGGAUUCAUAUGCCAAGAGAAGACUUAAGUCGAAUGAUUAUGCUGGAAUUCCAUUAAACAAGAGUUUUCAUUCGUUAGUUGUUGAAGCAAAGGGGUAUGGCAAUUUGUCAUUUGGCGAGACAGAUUGUAGAUCUUACAUUGCAAAAGUAAGACAACUAAGACUUGGGCAAGGGGAUGCUGAGACACUUCGUAAUUAUUUUGUUCAUAUGCAAAAAAGAAGUUCGAAUUUUUUCUAUGUGAUUGACAUGGAUGAUGAAGGUUGUAUGCAAAAUGUAUUUUGGCAGAUGCAAGAUCUAGGGCAGCAUUUGAUGAGUGGUGAAAAUGCUAAACAAUUUGACCACUUGUGUUCUGAUUUUUAUGAGGUUGCGCAUAUUGCUAAUUCUCACGAAAAUAACGUAAAUUUGAUAGUUGAAGAUGUUCAUGUUCUAGACUCGACUAAAAAAUUGUUACCACCCUUGCAAGUACUUGAGAAAACGGAUAACAUACAACAAGAUCCAACGGGUCUAAGUCGUGAGCGUGGAGCAAUUUCCUAUAAUGAUGAGCCGAACUACCAAUUUGAUCUUAAUCUAUCGGUUUGAACAAGAAAGACCGAUGAAUAUGUGGAAAAGAAUGAUUUUCAGUUUUAGUUAUUUUUAGAUUAGUUGUUUUGAAACUACCAAUUUGA